AUGUACAAUACAUCGAAUGUUGUACAAUCAUAUAGGACUCUCCCUAAACAAAAGGCAAAUAUUCGUAAUGUUAUCAAUAAACAAAGUGAAAGGCAAAUUAAGCAAAAUCGCUUGCGUCUCAAGGCUUCUAUUGAUGUUCUUCGCUUGUUAACUACACAAGGUUGUGCUUUAAGAGGUCAUGAUGAGUCGAAGGAUUCACACAAUCAAGGAAACUAUCUUGAAUUUAGAAAAACUUUGGCGAUAUAUAAUAAAGAUGUUGGCAAAGCAAUAAGACAAGCUCCUUAUAAUUCUAAGUACAUUGCUCCAUCGAUCCAAAAAGAGAUUCUCCAUAUUAUUUCUAAUAUGGUUCGCAAGAACAUUAAACAAGAAAUUGGAGAUUCCAAAUUUUAUACAUCGGCAGCAACUCUCAAAAGGGAAUUGUGUUCAGUCCUUUCUCGACAUGAAUUAGCGAUUGAAAAUAUUCGAGGUCAAGGAUAUGAUGGUGCUAGUAAUAUGAGAAGUGAGUUGAAUGGUUUGCAGGCAUUAUUUCUGUCUGAUUGCUCGUAUGCUUAUUAUGUUCAUUGUUAUGCUCAUCGUUUACAGCUCGCUUUAGUUGCUGCAUCUAGAGAUGUAAGUCCAAUACAUCAAAUUUUUUCUAAUUUGACUUUUAUUGUCAAUGUCAUUGCUGCAUCUCCCAAAUGUCUUGAUGAAUUGCAUGCAACUAAAGCUGUUGAAAUUAAAUGUUUGUUAUCUAUUGGUGAAAUAGAAAGUGGUAGAGGGGUUAAUCAGAUGGGUACCCUCAAAAGAGCUGGAGAUACACGUUACGGUUCACAUCUUUACUCAAUUCGUAGCUUGCUUAAAAUGUUCAAUGCAAAAGUCUCAGUACUUGAGCAUAUCAUGGUAGAUAAGUCGUGUACAUAUUCUCAAUGCGAGGAUGCUGAUGGUGCUUUAAAUUUAUUGAUUUCCUUUGAUUUUGUGUUCAUAGCACAUUUAAUGGAAGAAAUUUUGAGAAUUGCUGAUGUUCUUUGUCAAGAUUUACAACAAAAGUCUCAAGAUAUUGUGAAUGCUAUAAAACUAGUCUCUACGAGUCAAACACUCAUUCAAGAAAUGAGGGAGAAUGGAUGGGAAAGUUUUUUUGGUUCAAUGGGACUGUUUUGUCAACAACAUGAUAUUCUGGCCAGAAUAUAA